GUGUUUCGGCGAGGAACUCAGUUAAUUUCAUUUCAAGCAAAUAAAUAAAAUAAGUUUUAAUUCAAAUCGGAUUUGUAGAAGAAAAGAUUCAAGAAUUGCCAAUGCAGAGAUAUUGUGAGCACGACGAAUGCGACUCGAUUGACGAUCGAGAUGAUGUAGCUCAUGAAGGGUCUGUUGAUCCGCGUCUGGACGCAGGCGGCGCAGCUCUGGAUAAUCGCCAGCUGGCAGUCCUGGGAGCCGGCGCUGAUGAGCCCGAAACCGAAGAGCAGCAGGAAACGCUGCCAUUGGAUGUUAAUUGGAUUGACCAAGAACUGGCCAGGCCGCAUGAAUUCUGGCGCUUUCUGCUGCGCAUGAGCUUCGGUACUCUGAUGCAUCCGUAUGAGUAUGCCAAGAUAUUGAUGCAGCUGGGCUACGAGCCGAUGCCCGCUGCCAUCUCAACCAAUUGGCUAGGUCGCACCACCUUAUACUUGCCCAGCGUACAUCAGUACAUACGCUACAUCAAGCACAUCGAUGGAUUCUCUGGCCUGUACCGUGGUCUCUUUUCCCGCAUUAUGAGCACCACCUGCUACGCCCUGUUCUCGGAGAGUUUGGUCAACAUGUUCGGCGUGAGACAGCUGCAGAAGCGAAUGCAUCCAUUUAGCGAAUACCUUUGGAAUCUGGUGCGUGGUGGGAUUAUCGUUGUCACUGGAUUGGCCAUCUCGCAUCCGUUCUAUGUCAUCUCGGUGCGACAGAUGGCUCAGUUUGUGGGCCGUGAAGUUGUCUAUUCGAGUAUGAAAGGCAGUAUCGAGGAGAUACUGGCGCAGGCUGGGCCGCUUGGGUUUUAUGCAGGCUUUGUGCCACGCCUACUCAGCGAUCUGGGCAUCCUGUUCUGUACGAGCACCCUAAGCGCCAUUUACAAUCAGUUCUCCGUCUUCAGGUCGGAUCGGUGGGAGUACAAUUCGGUUCUGAUUCAAUUCGGGGCCGUCAUGCUCUUCUAUCCCCUGCAAGUCGUGGGCGCCUGCAUGGCCUGCUCUGGCUCAGCUGUGGCUGCGGGUGCACCGCCCUACAUGCCCAUCUACGAUAAGUGGAUCGACUGCCUGAUGGAUUUGAUAGCCCGCGGAGAUCAUUAUCGCGGCGCCUUCAUGUUUCGCCGCACCCUGCCCAAAGUGCACGCUCAGCGUGCUCACGACCCAUUCACGCGCCCUAUGUAAGCGAAAAAAAUUGAAUAAAAUACAUUUGUUAACAUGAC